AUGAGGAAGUACCGCAGCGGAAACUCUGGCCCUUACACGACCGAGUAUCAUGCUUUGCUAGGGAACGCACAAUGGAUCGUCAUAAGGCGCUUGCUUAGGCCACCACUGACAGAUGUGAGUGACGAUGGCAGCACCCCUCAGCUAUCCGAAGGAGAUAUCGUAACCGUCUUCUCGCAAUUCGGUGAAAUUGUCGAUGUCCGCUUCGUGCGCCAUCGGAAGACUGGCCGCUUUCUGGGAACUGCAUUCGUGAAGUUCAAAGACUACCGCAGUGGGAUUCUGGCAGCUGACGAGCUGAACAGUAACUACGAAAAGGGCGAACAUUUCGUUCUUUCGGCAUCACAGGAAACCACAGCGUCUUGCAGUGAACAGAAGGGAAUAACAGUGGAGCGAUGUGAGGAAGUUGUUGUGCCUCAAUUGUACAAUACAGAAGUGGAAACCUAUGCAGAGUGGUUGUGCCGGCAUAACGUUGGUCUUAGCGUGCGGUAUGCUUAG